AUGGAUUUUGGACUUCCGCCCGGUGGCAUAGGCCCGAGCCCGGGCAUCAACAUGACCCCGGGCGGUCCUCCGGGUCCCGGUGGGCCUGGCGGCGGUGGGGGCGAAGCUCCAGUGUAUGGAAGGCGAAAUGUCAGAUUGGCCCCUGAAGUGAACCGAAUUCUGUACGUGCGCAAUUUGCCCUACAAGAUCAGUGCCGAUGAGCUAUAUGACAUCUUUGGCAAGUACGGCUCAAUCCGACAGGUCCGGCGUGGCAACGGUCCGGAAACACGGGGAACCUGCUUCGUGGUUUACGACGACAUCUAUGAUGCCAAGAAUGCCAUGGACCACCUCAGCGGUUUCAAUGUCGCAGGUCGGUACUUGGUGCUGUUGUACUAUAACCCCUUCAAGAUGCAGGCGAAGGUGGAUGCAAAGGUCAAGCGUGAUGACAUCGAGAGGCUGAAGAAGAAGUUCCUUUGA